UUGCUGAUGUCCAUUCGGUGAGCUAUGGUAUUGCGAAUUUUAAAUAUGAAUGUAAAUAGCCAUGUUGAUGUUUCUACAAGAAAGCCAAACGCGGAGGUUUUUCGAAAGAAGUACAGAUACCUACUUUACCUAGAAAUAAUGUGAAAUAAGGAGUGAAUAAACAAGGAAGAAACAAACGAAUAAAAAUCUUAGUUCAAGGCAGCAACUAUGGAAAUUACCAAAGAAAGAUAUUUUCCAAAUCCAAGGGAAGCAGCCAAUUAUCUCUCAAUUUUGAUGUUUGGGUACACAUUUCCCAUGUUUAAAAAAGGUUACUCCAAAAAUUUGGAAGUAGAUGAUUUAUACAAUCCAUUAAAGAAAGAUAAAAGCAAAUUUCUAGGAGAUAAAUUAGAAUUAAACUGGAAUUGUCAGUUGACAAAAGCUAAAAAGACAAACUCAAAACCCAGCUUACUGCGAGCUAUAGUCAAAACUUUCUGGCUAGAAUAUUUCUAUAUUGGAUUAUUAGCAGCUUCAAAUGAAUUAGUACUGAAAAUUCUCCAACCAAUGCUCCUGGGAGGUUUGUUAGACUAUUUUAAUCCAACUCUUAAUGUCACCAAAGAAACAGCUUCAAUGUAUGGAGGAUUGAUUUUGAUUGCAAGUGUUUUAUCGAUUUUUAUUUCCAAUCAGUACAUGCUGGAAUCGUUUCAUGGGGGUAUGAGGAUUAGAGCUGCUAGCUGCUCUCUUAUUUACAGAAAGGCAUUAAAACUAAGUAAAACUGCUUUAGGAGAUACAGCAUCUGGUAAGAUGGUCAAUCUCUUGUCAAACGACGUCAGUAGAUUUGAUUUGGUAUCUUUAUUUCUACACCAGAUGUGGCUAGGACCAUGUUCUGCUAUUAUAAUUAUGGUACUUCUAUACAGAGAUGCAGGCUACGCUGGUAUUGUUGGAAUACUUGCUGUUUUCACCACCGUUCUUCUGCAAGCUUAUACUGGAAAAUUAUCUGCCAAAUAUAGAAGACAAACUGCAAUGAGAACCGACGAAAGAGUCAGACUUAUGGAUGAAGUUUUAUCGGGGAUACAAGUCAUCAAAAUGUAUGCUUGGGAAAUACCUUUUCAGAAAAUUAUCAAACUUGCAAGAAGAGCGGAAAUCAAGAUUAUUACAAAAUCUUCUUAUGUGCGAGCUACCUUUAUGGCUUUCAAUCUAUUUACUACGAGACUAGCUUUAUUUUGUUCCUUACUUACAUUGGUUCUAUCUGGAGAGUCCAUAACUGCUUCUAGGGUCUACGUUUUCAGCUCUUACUUUAAUCUCCUCUCGAUGACAAUGGGCGCUAUGUUCGUACGAGGAAUAUCAGAAAUAGCUGAGCUGAGCGUAGCCAUCAAAAGAAUCCAAUCAUUUUUGAUGAACGAAGAAUAUGAUCCAACAAAAAUUCACUCGUUUAUGAAUGGUACCAUCAAAAGUGUGGACGAUAUUAAAGAUAUUAUCACCUUGAAGAAUUUAACCGUUAAGUGGAAUCUUAGUUAUACCGAUAAUGCACUUGAAAAUAUUAAUAUGAACAUUCCAGAUGGACAGUUGGUGGGGAUCAUUGGACCUGUAGGGAGUGGAAAGAGUUCUUUGCUGCAAACCAUUUUGGGUGAACUGGACAUCGUUCAUGGAGAAAUGGCAAUACGUGGUCAGAUAUCCUACGCUUCGCAAGAACCUUGGGUUUUUGCUGCCACCGUCCGUCAAAACAUUCUGUUUGGUGAAGAAUAUGACAAAAAACGUUACCAAGAAGUAAUCCAAGCAUGCGCUUUAGAAACAGAUUUCCAACAAUUUGAACACGGAGAUUUAACCAUAGUCGGUGAUAGAGGAGCAUCUUUAAGCGGUGGUCAAAAAGCAAGAAUUAAUUUAGCCAGGGCUGUUUAUAGAGAAGCUGACAUUUAUCUUUUUGAUGAUCCUUUAUCAGCCGUUGAUAUCCACGUCUCUAAACAUCUCUAUGACAAAUGUAUUAAUGGUUAUCUAGCAAAUAGGACAAGAAUUUUAGUUACUCAUCAAGUUCAUUAUUUAAAAGAUGCGGAUCAUAUUAUUAUUUUAAAUAAUGGCCGUGUAGAAGAUGAAGGAAACUUUAAUCUGUUGACUGGCAGCGAAAAUAUGUAUGCAAAAUUGUUGACAGUUGAUCCAGAACCAUUAGAUACAGAAAAGCAAAAAUUGGACAAAACGAAAUUUUGCAGACAACUUUCACAAAAACACCGCAGAGGAUCUAUGGUUAGCCUUGUAAGUGAACUCAGUAUUGCAGACACUCUUUUAUCGGAAGAUGUAGAUGAAGAAGACUUGGAAGAAAAACAAGAAGACACCCAAGUACAAGAUUUGCAAGAGAAGUCAUCCAAAGGCAAAGUUCAUGGUUCCCUUUUAUACAAAUACAUUUCGGCGGGAGCUGGUGUUUGUGUGACACUAAUAAUCGGGUUUUUGUUCAUCGCUACGCAACUUGGAGUGAGUAGUGUAGACUACUGGAUUAGCUACUGGGUGAACAUCGAAGAAUACAGGAAUCAAACUAUCGACACCGAACAAACAGGAACUUUCAGUGUAAAAUUGGUGAAUUUAAGCACUGACACUUGCCUUUACAUUUACGCUGGAAUUCUGCUUAUUCUCUUUAUUUUAGCAAUGACUAGAUCGUUCUUGUACUACAAAGUAUGCAUGAUGAGCUCAAAAAAACUUCAUGGUGUUGCUUAUGAUAGCGUGACCAAAGCAACCAUGAGAUUCUUCGAUACCAAUCCUGGUGGUCGGAUCCUGAACAGAUUUUCUAAGGAUAUGGGAGCCAUUGACGAACCGUUACCUAAGGCUAUUUUAGAUUCGGGACAGAUAUUACUGUCGAUGGUUGGAACUUUGAUAUUAAUUAUCGUUGUAAAUCCAUAUUUUAUAAUUCUUAUGGCUAUUUUAAGUGUAAUUUUUGGUUUCAUGAGACGAGUAUAUUUAAAGACAUCCAAAAACAUUAAAAGAUUGGAAGGGAUCAUGAGAAGCCCCGUCUUUUCCCAUUUAAAGGCGACAAUAGAGGGCUUGACGACCAUCAGAGCUUUUGGAGCGGAAAAUACUUUGAUGGAUGAAUUCGACAAUCACCAAGACUAUCACUCGAGUGCAUGGUAUAUGUUUUUGGUUUCCAGUACAGCAUUUGGAUUCUACUUGGAUGCCUUUUGUUCUGCAUUUUUAGGACUUCUUACCUUCAGUUUCAUCUUGCUAAAGGAGAAUCUUGGCAUGAGAGGGGGAGAAGUAGGUCUAGCCAUUAGCCAAGCUACAGCUUUGACUUUUUUUCUUCAGUGGGGAAUGAGGCAGUCUGCGGAGGUAGCCAAUCAACUUAUGAGCGUAGAAAGAGUAUUGGAAUAUAAAACAUUACCAAAAGAAAUUGAACCAGAAGUUCCCAAAGUGCCUCCAAAAGAAUGGCCUCAAAAAGGGGAGAUCAUAUUUAAAGAUGCAAGUCUUCGAUAUUUCGAAGGAGGGCCUAUGGUUUUGAAGCAUUUGAAUUUGACCAUCAAGCCCAAAGAAAAGGUUGGAGUAGUCGGUCGAACCGGCGCUGGAAAAUCCUCGCUAAUUCAAGCUUUAUUCAGACUAGCACCGAUAGAGGGCGGUAUACAGAUCGAUGGCAUCGACACAAAAGAUAUCAGUUUGAAAAGCCUUCGAUUAAAAAUUUCGAUAAUACCACAGGAUCCAGUUUUAUUCUCAGGAACGUUGAGAUAUAAUUUGGAUCCCUUCGAUGAAUAUAGUGACGAAGUUCUAUAUAAAGCUAUCGAAGCUGUUGAAUUAAAGGAUCCUGCAAAUGUAAUUAACAGAUUAGAGAACAGAGUAAUGGAUAGAGGAUCGAAUUACAGUGUUGGUCAAAGGCAGCUGAUUUGUUUAGCUAGAGCUAUACUAAAACAGAACAGAGUAUUGAUGUUAGAUGAAGCUACAGCUAAUGUAGAUCCACAGACUGAUGCUUUAAUCCAGAAGACAAUCAGGAAAAAAUUCGUUGACUGCUCUGUCAUAACAGUAGCCCAUAGACUGAAUACCAUCAUGGAUUCGGACAAAGUUUUGGUUAUGGACGCUGGUCAAGUAGCAGAAUACGACCAUCCUCACUUACUUCUUCAAAACUCCAAUGGAGUAUUUUCCAAAAUGGUGGCAGAAACUGGACGAUAUACGGCGGAACAGCUUAGAAAAAUUGCUUCUGAUAGCUAUCAAAAAUAUUUCGCGUUACCAGAGUGAUACAUUAAUAAAAAUGUAAAGAGCCCCACUCACCUCGUUCUUCUCCGCCGUUUUUAACCGACGGUUAAAAACGUCAGGGUAAAAAUGUCACAAAAACGAGGUGUAUGGGCAAGAACGUCGUUUAUGAAUGUCGUUCCAAAAUUUCAGGCGAGGCUUGAUUUUUGUCGGUUAUCGUGCCAACCGUUCGAGUAAACACGAGGUGAGGGUUCUCAACAGUUUGACUGGUCAGGUAUUUAUCAGUGGCAGCGACGUUCAGCAUGUUUUUGUUGUUUAUUAUUAUUAAUAAAAAUGUCGGAUAUUAGGCAGAGGAACAGAGACUUUUUAAUAGAGUUUAUCGAGCUUGGCAGGUUUCAGGUAUUAUGCGUCCUAGUGCCUGCGGUAAAAUAACAGCAAACUUCAGAUCCCAGUAGCUGCUGCCAGUGGCCAGAAACCGCAGAGUAGCUGUUAGGCGUUCGUGAGGACAGAUGCAUUCACGAACCUGUGUAUUAUGUCUCUCAAUUACAGUUUCCGAUACAUAUCCUCGUCCAUCCUCAAGUAAUUGUGCCAAUUGCCAGGCUCCAAUCUUAGCUCCUCCAAUAAUUUUGUAUGUGACAGUGUACUACGUUUAAGUAGCCAGUCUUUAGUGCAUUUUCUUGGAGAUUUUCUUUUUUCGCCAUUUUUUUCCACUGCCAAAACCGCUGCCACUGCUAACAAGCACGUACGGUCCAUCGUGAUAAACUGACGCGAAAAAAACUGUUGUGUGUGAACAUAUCAGUCAACGUUCUUUCUUCCACCGUUUUUAACUGUCGGUUAAAAAUGGCGAAUAAGAACGAGGUGCUUUAAAUUUAGACAGUUUGGUAUACAGGAAGAGUCAACUUAGUGACCUACUAGUGGCUCGAGUGAAUUAAUUUUGUUGCCUUAUCGGGCUAGAGGUGAAUACAGUUUCUUAAGCAUGUAUCCUACCUACUGCGCCACUUUUAAGCCACUAUUAAUAAUAAACCUAAUAUAGAGCAUCAAGCCAUCAUAUUCAACGAAGUACAAUUACUAGACUAAUAGUUUCAUUCAAAAUUAAAUAUUGGUCACUUUCAAGCAUUUAAUUCAUGUAUAAAUACAAAUAGAGCUGUCUCUUCAGCUUCUGUAUUGCAAAGAGCGAGAUGUCAUCUAAAUUGAGUAGGGAUG